AUGUCAGUAAAUACCAAAUUCUCUAUGAUCGAUCAUAGUUAUGGAAAAAGUAAGAUUAAACUUCUAUACGUCAAUAAAGAGAAUAAUCGUCAUGAUGCCGCCGAAUACGAAAUUGAUAUAAUGUUAAAAUUAGACAAUAUUAAUGAUUACACAAUAGAAUGCAAUAAAAGUGUAAUUGCAACUGACUCUCAGAAGAAUACAGUGUAUAUUUUAGCGAAAAAGUACGGCAUCAAGAGUCCAGAAGAGUUUGGACAGCAAAUAUGCAAACAUUUUUUAGGAACUUAUCAGCAAGUUACAUCUGUAACAGUUAAUAUUGCUAAACUGCCAUGGAACCGAAUAAAUAUCAAUGGAUCAGAGCACAAUCACGCAUUUUUUUCAUGUGGAAACAAUGCCAUUGAUACUAGUGAAACAAGAAUAGCUACAAUCUCUCAACGAAGAAAUAGUCCACUAAUUGUUUCUGCUGGAAUAGAAGGAUUAAGCCUAUUGAAAACGAGCCAGUCUGGCUUCACAGGCUUUGUAAACGAUGAAUAUCGUACUUUACCAGACCACAAGGAUCGGAUAUUUAAAACCAUUGUUUCUGCAAGCUGGGAAUAUCAGAAAACUUGUUGUUCAUCAAUAGAUUAUGAUAACCUAUAUAAUAGGAUCAGAAAUAUUACAAUAGAAGCAUUUGCCGGUAAUUGCAAAGACGGAAUUUACUCUUCGUCUGCACAGAGUACAUUGUUUAGAAUCUGUGACCAAAUAUUAAAAAAUAUUGCCCAGAUAUCCGAAAUUACCAUGAAAAUACCAAACAUACAUUAUUUAGAUUUAGAUUUUACAAGAUUCAACAAAGUAUUGUCUGAUGAAAUAAAAAACGCUCAUCAAGUUUAUCUUCCUCUGGAGAAACCAUAUGGAGUUAUAUUUGGAACCUUAAAACGCAAUUCAAGCAAACUUUAA